CUUACAACUUCCUUCUUCAGAAGGAAGUGUAUUAUGCUUUGAUCGGAAAUGGAGAGAAUGGUGAUAGCGGCGGUUGUACUGUUUGCAGCCUGUGUUGUACCCUCCGUCGCCGUCGAGGUUCCGCUUCUGCUCAAGGGGCGGGUGUACUGCGACACGUGCCGCUGCGGCUUCGAGACGCCGGCUUCCAAGCCCAUCGCCGGUGCUAUUGUUCGAGUCGAAUGUAGAGACCGGACGACAUCGGAGGUGACCUUCUUCAAACACGGCACCACGGAUGCAACAGGGAACUACCGAAUGUUGGUGUACGGCGACCGUGGCAACGAGCUUUGCGACGCCGUGCUGGAAGAGAGCCCCGAUGCCAACUGCAACAAGGCCAGCCCGGGAAGGGGCCGUGCCCGGGUUGUUCUGACAAGGAACAACGGCAUCAGCUCAAACACUAGGUUCGCCAAUGCCAUGGGGUUCGACCGGGUCGCCCCCUUGACUGACUGCCCGCAGAUCCUCCUGCAGUACCGCGAGGAGGAUUCGUGAACUUCCAAGACUAUAUUCAUGUUUGAUGAUAUAUCUUCGAGGUUGAUGUAAUAGCAGUUGUGUCGGAAUUGGUCGCCAUAAAUAAUGCCAAAACAUUCGAAGCUCGUGAAUAAAGAUGAAUGAAGUUCAGUGUAGAACAACAUAGUCUAUACAGUAUACAAGUGAUUUUAUUUUCGUA